GUGGGAUCCAGCAGCCAAAAUCUGUGGUGAGAAAGGUAGCAGGUUAGUAAAGAGAACUUGUCUCUAAAGGAGGCACAGGAAAUAGUUGAUGGCCAGAUUAGACAAGUAGAGCCCACAGAAGGUGCAGUGGAUAGGAGGUUUCCAAGGCUGCGAGAUGGGAGUUGGAUGCUGGAGGAAUCCUCUGUUGCUGUUGGCUGCCCUGGUCCUGGCAGCCAGGCUGGGUCAAUUUCAAAGGUGGGAAGGCUUCCAGGAGAAGUCCAUGAGCAUGAAAAACAUGAAUUCAACACUCAAAUUCUUCAUUGAAACCUACAACAAUGCUAGCAAUGACACCUACUUAUUUCAAGUUGACAAGCUACUUCGAAGUCAGAUGCAGCUGACGACUGGAGUGGAGUAUAUGGUUACUGUGAAGAUUAGCCGGACCAAAUGUGAGAGGAAUGGCACAAAGAACCACUCAUGCCCCAUUCAAAACAAAAAAAAGCUGAAAAAGAGUUUCAUUUGUGAUUUUUUGGUGUACACUGUGCCUUGGAUGAACUACUACCAACUCUGGAACAACUCCUGUCUGGAGGCUUGAAUGUAUUGGUGCAAAGAUC